AUGGUUUUGUUAUUCAAGCCACACAUUUGGUGUGGGAAAUUUUUGAUUACUUGGCAUAAUUUCGAAAAUUGUAAAAAAAAAUGUGGAAAAUAUUGUUGUAUAUUUUAUCAGAAUGUUUGUAACAAAAAUAACAAUAAAAAGGAGAUAAAAAUAAUAAAUAAAUUAUCUCCAAAUUUGAACAGUUUUAAAAAUAAAAAUAAGUUUGAAGAAAAUAAGUUUGAAGAAAAAAAAUUUGAAGAAAAUAAGUUUGAAGAAAAAAAAUUUGAUAUAGACGAUUUAAACAAAUAUAAUCUGAAAAAUAACAAAAUUAGUUUUGACAUUUUAAAUCAAAUAAUAAAUUAUGUUUUAUUGGAAAAAAAUGAUAAUAAAUUAAAUAUAGAAAAUUUAUUACUAUUAUUAAUUAUAUUUAAUAAAAAUUUUCCAGAUUAUAAAAAUAAAUUUGAAAAUGAAUUUUAUUUAAAAGUAUUAACAUGUAUUAUGUCUAAAAUAAAAUUAAAACUACAUUAUUUAUAUACUAGUAAAAUGUUAAUUUAUGCAUUAAAUAUAUUAACAAAUUUAAAACUAGCUGAUAAUGAUAUAUUAAAAAUAUUUAUAAAUAAAUGUGAUUAUUUCAUAAAAAAUGAAGAAUAUGAAAUAUAUGAUCUUGUUGGUUUUUUAAGAAUAUUUAGUGAAAUAUAUAUUUUUAACAAACAUUAUAAUUCUAUUAAUUUACAAAAUGUCAAUUGGGUCUUAAUUAAAAAUAUAUGUAACAAAUUAGUAUAUAAUUUUGACUUUUUAUUUUUACCAUAUAAAGAUAAUACCUUUUCAUUUAACUUGCGAAAAAAAAUAUCUCGCCAAAUUUUUCAAAUUGUUAAUACGCAAAAUGGCCCAUUAAAUUUUAACAAAAAUAAGUUAGACACUAAAAGGGGGGGCAGCACAAACGAUAGGAACGGAAAUAAUAAUAAUGAUAAUGGUGAUAAUGAUGAUGAUAAUGGUGAUGACUCCAUCUAUGCUGGUUCUAACACACCAAACGCAAUUAUUUUAGACACACUUUUUUCAAUUUGUAAAAGUUUAAAAGAUUUAAACUAUUCUCAUAUACCAUUAUCAAACGAAAUUACAAAUAUUAUAAAAAUAUAUUUUUUUAAUAAAAAUAAAUUAAUAAAUUUAGAUCAGGAUUAUGAUUCUUUAAAUAAAAUAUUUUAUAUCAUGAAUUGUUUUUUAUUUUUAAAAUUAGAUUAUCAUAUGUUUUAUAAAUAUAUAUUAAAUAAUUUUAUUCAAUUUUUAAAAAAUUAUAAAAAUUUGUUACUUAUUUUUUUUUUACUAUCAAAAAAUAAUUUGUUUCCUUCAAAAGUUAUUCAUAUAUUUGAUUCGAUAUUUUUACAAAAUAUAAAACAAAAAAAAUAUAAUUCUCAAAAUCUUAUAAUUAUAUUAGAAUCAUAUGCCUUACAUAAAUACAGAAAUUCGAAUAUAAUCCAACACAUUCUAAACUUUUGCAAUAUCAUCUCCCUCGAAUAUUUAUCUUUUACCAAAACAGGCAAAGUGGUAGAGAAAAAUGGAGUCUGUCAAAAUAGCGAAUGUGAUGGUGAGGAGAGAGGAGGCAACAGUUUAUGCAAUUCUCUCACAAUUUUAGAUAAAAUAAAAAUUUUGUACAGUUUAUUUCACUUAGAUAUUUAUAUAGAAAAUAUAUUAGUAGACAUAACAACCAAAUUGUUAAAUAAACCCGAAUUAAUACAUGAAAUUCCAUAUAAAUUUUUAAUAAAAUUAUUAUUAAGUUUUUGUUAUUUUUCUUUUAAAAAUAAAGAUAUAUAUAAUAUGAUAAUAAAAAAUUUAAUCAAAUAUGACAUAUUAAUAGAUAAUAUAUAUUUAAACCAAUUAAAAAUUAUAGAACUCUCUUUGCGAACACAACAUGUUCCAAAUGUGUAUAAUAAAUUAGAUACUGAAUGUUAUGAAUAUAUGAAUUAUAUUAAAAAUAAAGAAAAAGAAAUUGAAUAUAAUAUAAAAUCAGAUUUACAAAAAGAAGUUAAAAAUAUUCUUCUAACUUUUAAUUUAACACCUUUAGAAGAAGUUUCAAUAGGACCAUAUAAUGUUGAUUUUAUUGAGGAAGAUAAAACAUUUCAAAAUAUAUCAAAAAAUGAAAUAUAUUAUAAAAAAGAAUCAAAUAAUUCUACUAAAAUUAUAUUAUCAGAUAAAAAAAAUUAUGAAAAUAUUGGAAAAAUAAUAAUCGAAGUUAAUGGAGAACAUCAUUUUUAUAGAAACACAAAAUCUUAUACUUCUUUUUCAAAAUUAAAACAUAAAUUAUUAAGUGACCUUGGAUAUAUUGUUAUUAACAUUCCUUACUUUGAUUGGGCUAUAUUAAAAACAUAUUUAAAUAAAAAAUCGUACAUAAAAAAAAUAAUAAAUGAUAAGUCAAAUAUAGAUAUGGUUUCUAUUUUGCCUUAUAAUCAGCAAACCCUUUUAUUAAAAAAUAAAGAAUUGCAAAAUAUCAAAAACACAAUUCAUUCGGAAGAUGCCAAAUCAGCCUUUAUUAACAGCAUUGCCGAGUUUAGAAGAAAAAAAAAGUUAAAGUUUUUAAAGAAAAAAAUUAAAGAAAUCUGA